AUGGAUGAUGAUUUUGUUCCUGGUACAUUUUCCGGUGUCCCUUUAAAUGGCCCAUCGGAGGUAGCGCAUUGUUCUUGGUCACAUGAUGGAACUUACCUUGCAAUCGGGUUUUGCUACUUGGAAAGAGUAGAGAUCUGGAAUCCUUUUACCGCUGAGCGUAUAUCGACACUCUGGGGCAGUAUACGCGGCCAUGGAGGAGUCGAUAUUUCUUGGCGGCAUGAUGGAGCUCGGCUUGCAGUAUUAUAUAAUACUGGGGUGAUCAGGAUCUGGGAUCCUUUGGGUGGCCAAUGUGUCUCGACCUUUAUAGAAGAAGACUCAUGGACCUUUGUGGAUCUAUAUCGACUUCACGAGACUCAAAGAAAUCCAAUAUCUUGGUCCCCUGAUGGGAGCUGGCUGGUGUCUCCGUCAAGGAGCUACGGAGUAAAGGUCUGGGAGCUCAAAUCCGGCACAUGUAGAUAUGUUGUCAAAGCAGACAAACUCGGCCUUUCGGAUCGAAUGGGGAUGCAGUCGCCCGCUGCUUGGCCUUCCCAUAAAAACCUGCUUGCGUUUGGAGCUUCAGACUUCUUUGUAAUUUGGGACCCAAGUACCAACAUGAUAAUAUGUUCCGAUGUUCCAACAGAAUUUGUGGUUCUGAGUCGGUUCACGGACUGUGCUGUUGCUUGGCCAGAAAACGAAUCUGAAGAUCGGGUGGCAUCAACGCAUGGAUCCGCAAUAAAGAUAUGGAAUCCCCGGACUGGCCAAUGUGAGGCGACUCUCGAGAAAGGCAGAUUCCAUGUCAACUGUAUUGCUUGGUCUCAUGAUGAAAUCCUUGCUUCCGCCUCAACUGACGGCAAGAUAAGAAUCUGGAGGCCGGCGACGGCGCAAUGUGUAGCAACGCUGACUGGACAUAAUGAACCUGUCCAGGAUUUAUUUUGGCUAAGAGGCGGAAAUCAACUGCUCUCCAAUUCAGAAGAUCACACAGCGAAGAUUUGGGAUUAUAGGCAUCAAAAAGCUUCAGGUUUCACCCCAGGCGGUAGCUGCAAGUCCACAGCUUUCUUGUCGCCCGAUGAGAAACGAAUAGCGUCUUUUCAGGUCUGGAACGAUUGUGUUCUCAGGAUACUGGAUGCAGUCAACGGCCAAUGUAUGACUACCAUGACACUGGACAAGCCAUUGCAUAGUUACUACCUUGCAUGGUCAAAUCAUCUUCCCUGGCUUGCAUGCCUGCUGGAUGGGUCAAAAGGGGUGGCGCGUGUUUUCUUCUGGUCACAUAGUGGGACGAAAAUUGCAGUAAGCACUGCUGAUGGAACUCCCAAGAUAUUGGACUUGUUUACUAGGAAUGUGCUGGCUCUCGAGCUUGAUGUAACGCCUGCUGAAUAUGCGGGGUUGCAUACUGAUCUUAGUUGGUCACGAGACGAGACUAUGAUUGCUUUAUUAGUGGCACGACACUCCCUAUAUUCAUCUCUCAGCGAAACGCCGUGUGUGAUCAAAAUUUGGGGAUUUCUGCAAGGAGAGUGGCUAUGGUCAUACACAGUGCCUGCCAGGUCAAGGAAAAUUGUCUGGUCAUCCCAAGGAAAGCACCUCGCACUCCAUAGCUUUCACAAAUUGUGGAUCAUGGAAGUGGGAGGCAAGAAGCGUGUGCAGCUGAGUGUCAAUUGGAUUAAUUCUGUGUCUUGGUCCUAUGACGACACAAGACUUGCUGUGCUUUCAGACAAGUUUGUACAAAUCUUGGAUACUGCGACAGGACAUUGGAUAGCAAUGCUUGCACUUCAAGUCCGUCCUCAUUCCCAGCUGCAGUUUGAUAUAUUAGAUUCGACCAUUUUACAUACUAAGUUUUGCACAGUGAAACUUCAGCCGUCGCAAGGCAUGAGCAACACAAAAAACCCUAGAGUGUUGGAGCCAUCGACAUGUCAAGUAGGAUAUGGUCUGAAGCACGAUCAAUCCUGGAUCACUUUCGAUGGGCAAGAUAUCCUUUGGAUACCCCCAGAAUAUCGGCUACAGGAUUCAGAGGCAACUUUUUCAGGAAAUCUAGCGAUAAUCAGCGAUCGUGUAGGACGAGUUUCGGUCCUUCGCUUCACAGAAGCAAACCCUUUCUCCUCGCAAGUCGUGGGUCAUUGA